UUGGGUUCCCCUUUUUAGGGGGGGGGGGGGCAAUUCGGCGUUUGCAAUCUUUAGUCUUGGUUUGCCUUAUUUUUCUGCCCAAAUGGUCAUUUGCAAUCUCUAGUUUGGGUCUGCCUUUUUUUUUUUUUGUGGCCAAUUCGUCAUUUGCGAUCUCUAGUUUGGGGUUGCCUCCUUCUUUUGGCCAGUUUGUCAUUUGCAGUCUCUAGUCUUGGGCUACCUUUUUGGGGGGCCAAGCCGGCAUUUGCCAUCUCCAGUCUUGGGGUGUCUUUUAGGGGGGGGCCAGUUCGAUUGCAUCAAAGUUGGACGUCGCAGAGCCUGGCCGAAUUGGACCUCUCCUCCUGAUCGAUGCCUUCCUGAGCCCCCGGGGGUGGCGCGUCGGAGGAAAUCAAACGUCGCUUGCUCCCACCCCCCCCCUCCUCGUCCUGAAAUUGGCUACUUUUGUGUGCUCGCUCCGAAGGAGAAACCGCCGGCCGCCUUGGAGGAACAAAAGGACCCCCGGACCGACUCCUGCGCUCAACACGGGGCCCUGCCUCCAACCAGCUAAAGUCUGCACCGAAUUGGGGGCUAACUUCUUUGCUAUUUAUUGAGCACUUACCGUGUGCACAUCACUAAACUAUUGCCUUCUCCCUUCUGCCACCCCCCCCUGCUUUUUUCCCCCCUCCUUAACACAAAGGCAGCCGGCCUCUUCCUUUGCACAACUAGGUCUCCCCAAUUUUCUGCCCCCCUCCACCUUCUUUUUCUUUUUCAACCGUCGUUGCCCUUUGGAGGCCUCCACCCUGAUGAACAUACAGAGGUCCCCCCCGAUUACGAUAGCACGCUAUGGGAGGCCGCGCAGCAAAACGCAGGAUUUCGAGGAGCUGUCGUCCAUCAGGGCCUCGGAGCCCAGCCCGACUUUCAGCCCGAACCUCGGCUCCCCCAGCCCGCCCGAGACUCCCAACUUGUCGCAUUGCGUUUCUUGCAUCGGGAAAUACUUAUUGUUGGAGCCUCUCGAGGGAGACCACGUUUUCCGGGCCGUCCAUCUGCACAGCGGAGAGGAGCUCGUCUGCAAGGUUUUUGAUGUCGGCUGCUAUCAGGAGUCAUUGGCACCUUGCUUUUGUCUACCGGCCCACAACAAUAUUAACCAAAUUACUGAAAUCAUUCUUGGGGAGACAAAGGCCUAUGUUUUCUUCGAAAGGAGCUAUGGGGACAUGCAUUCAUUUGUGCGUACCUGCAAAAAGCUUAAAGAAGAGGAGGCAGCCAAACUCUUCUAUCAAAUAGCUUCAGCCGUCGCACACUGUCAUGACGGCGGACUCGUACUGCGGGAUCUCAAGCUGCGAAAGUUCAUCUUCAAGGAUGAAGAGAGGACCAGAGUAAAGCUAGAAAGCCUGGAAGACGCGUACAUCUUGCGAGGGGACGACGACUCCCUUUCAGAUAAGCAUGGCUGUCCAGCCUACGUGAGUCCAGAGAUAUUGAACACAAACGGCAGCUACUCUGGCAAGGCAGCGGACGUGUGGAGCCUGGGAGUCAUGCUUUAUACCAUGUUGGUCGGACGUUACCCUUUUCAUGACAUUGAGCCCAGUUCUCUCUUCAGCAAGAUCCGCCGAGGGCAGUUUAACAUUCCGGAGACCCUAUCCCCCAAGGCCAAAUGCCUCAUCCGUAGCAUCCUACGCCGGGAGCCCUCAGAGCGGCUGACUUCCCAGGAAAUUCUGGACCACCCUUGGUUUUCUACAGAUUUUAACGUCUCUAAUUCAGGAUUCGGUGCUAAGGAAGUAUCUGAUCAGCUGGUGCCUGAUGUCAAUAUGGAAGAAGACUUGGACCCGUUCUUCAACUGAGCACCCAGAGACUUGGUGCCCAGAAGGUACAUGAGCUGGAAAUGGCCGUGGGAAGGGCUCCUUCCGGACCCGUCGACUACAUCCUGCAUCGGCCUAGCUUGGUAGCGAGAGACACACUUCAAAAAGCUCCACGGUUCAAGAAGGAAUAGCCACGGGGAGCUGAUAUAACAAAUGUAGCAUGGGGAAACAGAGAUUGGGGCUGGGGGGAGGGACUCUGCUAUCAGGUUAGAUUGAUGGGAGCAAAGGCAGCGAGAAGCCAAGGACACUGCACACGCCAAUUCCAGUGCAGCUUUUAGCACUCCUGUUUCCGUUUCAUCCAAAAGAGUCACAGAUCUCAACAAAAUAGAAACCUUUUGCCUCAAACACACAUCUUGGCAUCGCACUGUUAGUAUUUAACUUCUGCCAUUAUUCAGGGAAGGUACAAUUGGCCAAGUAUUUCUUUUUUUUUUUCCUUCUUCAAACAAAGCGGUCUGUCAAAUCACUAAAGAGGAUUCGUUCGACAAAUUAGGUGCACAGCAGACUGACCUGAAAAGUGGGUGCUAAAAUCAAAUGAAACGAAACUUCAGUUCAUGUCUCUUGAUAACUAUUUUCAACUCAUAUCUUCUAAAUAAACUACUUAAUAUUCUAGUCAGGAAACAACAUUUUAAUGCUUUGUUCCCAUAAGGGAAAGGAUCUGUCAUUUAACAAGCUGUUCUGUUUUGUGUCAAAUGGUUUGUAGCAGGAAGCUAUUAGAAUUCAAACUUCCAGAUGCAUUAUUACUAUGAUAGUAAAAAAAGGAAAACUAUAUAUAACUUUUUUUUUUUUUUUAAGAAUAGGAUCUGAAAGACUGGCUUCCAUGUUUGCCACGCUGCACGAAAUGAUCGGAGGGGGCACAGUGCUCUUGGCGUAUUCCUUUUUAAAUUGCCUGGUUUCCACACAACGUCGUCUUUAAAAAAAAAAAAAAAAAAUAGAUUGGCCCAUAUGCAAAAGUGGGGCAGCUCUUUUAAUUUCCCUUCAAAGGGAAUUUUUUUUUUUUUGAUGCACCAUCUUAUCCUAUAAGGCUACCCUGGUUCUGUAGGUCCUCAGUGAGACAAGCUAGAAGGUGUUGAUAAGCUGAAAACUAGUAUAAUUAUUACAAAAUAAAUACAGCUAUUUCUCCCAACACAGACAGUAAUAUGCACCUUUGUAUUGUUCAAGAAUUAUUCUAUUUAUUAAGGAAAAUGUCACAGUAGUGAUGUAUUAAGCCAGUACUUCAAUUACGGGUUGACUUGGGAUGACAUGUUACAUGCUGUAGUUAACACUUAUAUUUUUCUGUUUGGGUUUUUCUGUCCCUGAAAUAACUUUUUAUUUGGCUUUUCUAGAUAGCUUUAUUUGAUUUAGACUGGCAAACGUUUUUAUUACUGCUUUUCUAUUGCUGUAUGAUAUUGAAAUCUCUUGGCAUAAAUAUUUGUGUUUCCAGUACCUCAGUUGUUCUGAUUAUACUGCCUGUAUAUGUUUUGUGAAUUGGUCAUGUUUUUUGGGUAGGUAACAUGUGGACUCUGUAGUAUGUAAAUGUUACUUGAAUUUGUGCUUAAUUAUAGUAUGUGGCAUGUGCGUAAAGAUACUUGGCAUUUGACGUGUGGAUGCUGUUUGCCUGCCUGGCAGGAAAUAUAAUGGUCACACUCGCAGGAGGUUGGUUCACAGUUCUUUAUCAAGAGACAAAGCUGCAGCUGAUCGGCCCUUGGUUCAAUUUUGGUUACUGAGACUAAAAAGAAUAAUGUUUUGUUUUUUUUUUUUCAACACUCUGAAGAUGGUGCUGUGUAGAGAUGGAUUUUUUUCCUUCCUUUCCCAUUCCCCCUUCCUUUGCUCUCCUCGCCCCCCACCCAAGCUACCCCCCUUCUUCCCCCCAGGUUCCAAACCCAGAUUUUUUAAGUACCUUGUAGGAGGAAAGAUUGGUGAUGUGCAUGGUGGGGUUUUACUGCCUCUGGUGCUUUGUCAUGUAUUUGGUUUAAUGUUUUUGUCCUAAUCUCUUCAAUAAAUAAAAUUGUGCAUAUUUAACUAA